AUGGAGACAGAAGAAACUCUACCCUUCCCAGCCGUCACGAUCUGCCCUCGUAGCCGCCUCUUGAAAAACGUCCAAGAUCCCAACCUCGGCAGCUACCCCUCGGAAAUCUUGGCUCUGAAUCAAGAACUGGAAAGAUUGAUUAAAAAACUAUCAAGCGCAGAAGAUACGUGCCAAGCAACGGAUCUGCUGUCUCCCUUACUUGAUACGGCAUGCAUGAAGGACGAGGACGGAGUACAGAAUACUUGUAUCAAACCCUUCCUUGAGAGAAACCUUGAAGCGCCGACGACCUAUUAUUCCUCGUGGCUUCUCGAUGCCUUGUUGAACUCGAGCUCCUACUUCACCUUGGAAGGCUUCUCGACAGACUCCAAUUCCCAAGAUUAUUUCGUCGACAUCAAGAAGUCGAUACGCCAUUGCAGCUUCAAUGGGGAACCUUGCACUGACAGUGACCUCACAGUUCUUCGAACAGGAGCAUAUGGGACGUGUGUCACCUUCAACUGCAAGGGAGGCAAGAACGUUCAUGGUUCUCAAGACUUAAAUUCUGAAGGCUACGGGUCGAAGGAGCCUGACUUCUUCAAGAGCAUGAAACCAUCAGAAGGACUUCAGCUCGUGCUCACGACAUACGCACCGAACAAUGUCCUCCUUCUAUCGCCGGCCGAUGGCUUCAGGCUCACGGUUCACCCAAUCGAGUCCGACCCAAAUCCGCUGGGAGAAGGAUUUGACGUGAACCUGCAAAUGGUUUCCAACGUCGUCAUCGCGAAGAAGGAGUUCGAGCGACUUCAUCCAGAGGAUGGGGGGAAUUGUGCUCUGGAUUCUUUCUUGAUGCAGAGGUUCGGCACCGAGGUCUUCAACAUCACACAAGACACGAAAUACUCUAAAAAGCUAGAGAGAGGAGACGUUCUUGAGGAUGAUCCGGCGCUCUCCGUACAGGUCACGGUUCUUUGGAACUUUUUCACCAAAGCAGAUCACCACCUCCUUGAAGGGCCACCUGCUACGGUCAUCGUGGGAGAUGACUUUCUACCAGCUGAGCAGCCUCUCGUAGAUGGAGGUCUUCGAUCAACAGAGGUGCCCCUCGAGGAUGAAGACGUAUGCGCAACGGAGGGGGAGAUAUCCCUUCAUGAGGAAUCUGAGGCACCAUCAGGAACUGUGAAGUUGACUCAUUUCCUACCGUGGCCAUCUCCAUCAAAGAAAAAAUCAGAUCCUGUUUCCCUAGAACAUCCUCGUCGACAACCUUCCGGCCUGACUUCGAUCGAGUGGAUGACGUUGAUCGAAAGCAGGGAAGCGAAGAAACAAAAAGAAGAUGAAGAGAAGCAACGGAGAAUGAAUGAUAAAAAGGAAAAAGCUGCCCAAAAGAAGGAAGACAUGGCGCGUAGGAAGCGCUUGAGAGAGGAGAUGGCAGAAACGAAGGAAAACUCAAACGCUAGACAUGUCAAGAGAAAGAAGAAUGAACAGGAAUAA